CUCAAACAAAAAAAAAAAAACUGCAGAGAGAGAUCGAAAACUGAGUUGCAAAUUGCGAGGGUUGUUCAGUGAGCGAAAUCGAACAAAACUGCAGAGAGAGAGAGAGAAUCAUGGGAAGCAGAUUAGGAAGAAGAGUGGUACACUUCGCAAAUCUACCAAUAAAACUCCUAAUGCCAACCACCUUCACAAACAUCCAUGAAAUAGCCCUAAAAACAAUCCCUUCAGCCUCCAAGAUUGAGAUUAAGCGCGUUCUCGAAUCCCUCUACGGUUUCGAAGUCGAAAAAGUUCGAACAUUGAACAUGGACGGGAAGAAGAAGAAACGUGGUGGCAUCGUGUUUGCUAAACCUGAUUACAAGAAAGCUUACGUUACCCUUAAAAACCCGCUUUCAAUUGACCCGAAUCUUUACCCGAUCCGAAUCAUUGAAGAGGAGAAGAAGAAUAUGAAUAAACAGGCUAAGUCUAGCGUCGUCGAGGAAGCGCCGAAUAAAACUCACUGGCUUGAUGAUAACAAGGAGGAUAAACGGUUCAAGUCGCCAAACGGUUCGAACCGGGGUGGCAGUGGUUAUGUUUCCAGGUUUCCUUGGAUCAAUGUGAAGUCUGGUUGGAGCGAUGCUACUGGUUCGAACCGUUCUGAUGCUGGUAAUGCUGCAAAGUUUGGUAGGAGAAAUGCUACCGGUUCGAACCGUUCUGAUGCUGGUAAUGCUGCCAAGUUUCCAUGGACUAACAUGAGGUCUGUCAGGGGUAAUGCUACUAGGUAGUUUUUUUCGGGGUAUUGUUAGUGGUUGUUAACUUGGUUUGAGCAUGGUAAUUGUGUGAUGGGUUUUGGUUGUUUACUGGACUUUUUGUUGAUUAAUGAUGAUAGUGCUCUUUCUGAUGAAAUAAUUUUUUUUGAGAUGUCACAUUUUGAGCAUCAACUAUUAUGCUAUUGCUAGAAAGUAGGAGGUAUUAUGCAAGAUGUUGUUUAAUUGAAAAAAAAUGUUGAAUUGAAUUGGGAAAUAAUACAUUGCUGUUAUGAAAUGUUCAUUGGUUGGCAUUUAGCUAAA